AUGCUUCGUGUGUGUUGCAAACGUUACGUUGUGUUCACGCAAGGCAUCCCACACCUCCGUACAUUUGCGGAUCACUUUUUCCUAAAAACCCAUCCUCUCCGCUCGAGCAACGUAUGGCUUGACGAGAAAGACUUUGAAAUAAAUCAAAAGUGUGCCUUCCUUCUGGGAAAGCCUGAUCCGCUGCGCAUCAAUCCGAUGAGUCAUCAUCCUGAACGCUCGCCGUACGCGAAGAUGAGGAGAAAACCAAAACACCAUAAGACCACCACCCCUGUUUCAUCACCUUUAUCACUCCCCUUAUCAACGACCCAGGCGAAUGCCGACGCGAUGACAGGCAGCCAUGCCGAGAGUAGUGUGAACAGCAGAACGACGUCAAAAUCCGUGGAGUGGGAGUACAAGGUGCCGAUCUGUAGCAGCUAUCUUUACCGUCAUCUUUUCUUGUACAACCUGGAACAGAUGGUGCUCUUACGCGACCCCGAUUCAUCCCCUUCUCCUAUGUGUUUCAGCUCCUUGCCGCCGUCGCGCAGUACGGCGGCCCACGCAUUGCGGGAUCGCUUCCCGGAGCCCAAGGGCUCGUCCUCAACAAAGGGGCACUUCUCCAUCCACACGCGGCGGGCGUUUUCGGAGUUCCUUCAGCCCCAGCUGCAGCAGUUGCAGCAUACCCACCAGUACGACUCUCGGUGGUGGGGUACGGUGAUGCAGUGGAAACGACUGGAGGUGAUGCCCCGGCCUUUGCAGCAGCCGCAUAUUGUAUUCAUAAAAUUAUACUCAAAGCUUGUCCAUAUCUCGUUAAUUGACAACGCCGAGGAAAUUCUGAUGCACUCUUAUAUUUCUGGUAAGAGUGGUGUGUUUCAUUGUUUAAACCUUGGUUCAGAUCUAGACGAUAACCCCAAUCAUGCGCAUCACACCCCUUCACUCGCUAAAACGCAAGGUGGCAUGUCUGUGGGUCACAGAGAUCCUGAGAUGGAGGGGAUCGGUCCGAUGGGGCCCUCCAUCUCGGGUACUACUAGGAACAUAGCAAAGGCCGACAUUUUUUUUCCUUUUAUGACCAAUAAUCGGGCCUUCGCCUUUAAUAUUAUCCAAGAUAUGAAAUUGCAUCAGUAUACAGUUCCUUUGUACUUUAGCGCGAUUCAGCUGCGGCAAUACAAAUUAUCCUUGCGGUGUGAUGCCUCCGGCAUCUCCUUCCAGGAGCUGAGUACUUCGCUACCCCCUUCCCUGAAGCACGUGGACGAGGCUCAGGAGGAGGACCCAUCCUAUGAGGGCUCCCCGUCAGUCGCGCCUCUGAAGCGUUACUUCUACCAUCUUUCCCAGGUCAGCUUCCCGGAGUCCUUUAGGAUACCACCGCACGUCAUCGCCGCCGAGCUGGAGCACACGGCGGGGCAGCCUUUGCACGGAAUCUCUGGGGCCCCGCUGCCAUACGUGAGGCUGCUUGAGGAGAAUUUGCUGCUGCAAAAUCCAAACCUCGCUGCGGUGCUCCGUGCGCCCUGUCAUGGGGGUCGUGGGGAGACCGACAGCAGCCCGUGCCUUGACGCCCAGACGACAGCGAAGGACUCCGUGCGGGAGCUUUCGGAUGACGCACUCAAGGCACUUCUGGAAGGGCGCGCCUCACCUGCCGUACACAACGGGCGCAGUCUGUGGUUUUCGGCCGAAGAUAUACUUCAACAUGGUGGGAUUGUGGAUGUGAAUGCGACCCCCGUUGAAGUGAGUGGCCAUGAUACCUUUGACUAUACUCGUGGGAAUAUCCACAAUUCUGCUGGGGAAGGAGGGUUGAGUUUUGAUACGGUGUGUAAGAAUAACGCCAAUUUGAAGCAUAAGCUGUUUAACGUAGAUUGCUUAGUGAACCCAAAUGAGGGGUAUCGGAUCAUAAACCAGCGGGUACCCUCAUGA